AUGAAUCCAACACUGGAAUUCGAGUUAACACUUCCUUUGAUUCUUAUCGUUGUAUUAUUAUUGUUGGUGGGUAUUAUACUACAAUGUCAUGGUGUUAAUCCAUUGCGUAUCUUACGAUCAUCGUAUAAAGUACCUCGACAAUCGCAUCUCGCACUUGAAAGUUCGGAUAGAGAACGUGAAGUAUUGCUCGCAGUUGAUCGUAAAACCCGAAUUCGAUAUACUGGCAAUGAUACAAUUGCAGAAUUAGCUGCUUGCAAGACCCUACGAGAGACUGAAGCAUUUAUUCAUGUGAUUAAUGUACAUCGUGUAUUAAACUCCAAGGUCAAGGCACAACACUUUGCACAGUUUUGCAGUUCUAGGCUCCAGCUAUCACGAAUGAGGAUCAACACAUUGGCAACGAUCAUUCUAUCACUCCAGAAGUAUGCAACAGAGCCAGAUGUUGUCAUAUGUAUUCGUAACUGCUUCUGUGCAAAGCGGACUAUGGCGUGUCUACAACUCAAGGACAAAGUGGAUGCCAAGUUUCCCAUGUUUGAUCUAAUCUACCAUUGCAUUCAGUCAGAAGGAGAGCGUGAGGCUAUUUUGAAACAUUUUGAUGCAGAAGCAGCAAGGCUUCAAGCAUCGUCGACUUAUUUUGCACCGAUCAAGCUGCUGUGUGACAUUGACGAUACGAUGCUUGCUGCCCUCUUCGACACGCGCUAUCCAGAGCUUACAGUGUAUCCUGGUGUCCAUCAGUUUGCUCAGGAAUUACUUCGACGAUCAGCUACGAUUGCUGCGAAUUUUGCUGACCGACAUAGUGAAUACGAAUAUGACGACAGCGACAGUGAUAAAGACCUUGAGGCUGGCAGAACCGGCAGAUUGAAGAAACCCAAGGAUGUGCAGCGCGUGGCGUUCCUGACUGCGAGACCUGAAUUAUUGCGAAAGCGGUCUUUACAAGAGCUUCGUGCAUGCGGUUUCCAGCAUUUUACUCUUUUAAUGGGUUGUUUUGCCAACAUGUGGGGCUCGCAACGUAUUGCAUUAGGAAAGCUUCGGAAUUUUGUUCGGUUCAAGCGAAUCUUCGCUGAGCACCAGUUUGUCUUUGUAGGAGACAACGGACAAGGCGACAUUGAUCUCGGCAAGGAGCUACUAACGAAUCCACGCCUGUAUGCUGUGUCCGCUGUACUUAUCCAUGACGUCAUUCGCAAUCACACCCAAGACAAACCGCUCAGUCGGCAUUCAUAUCGUGGGAUAGAGUGCAGCCAGAGCGGUAUUUAUUCCUUUCGCACGUACAUCGGUGCAAGUUUUCACCUGUACGUUGUGGGUCUUCUGCCAUUGUGCUCUGUCAUUCGCGUUGUGGAAAAAACGGCAUUGGCUUAUGCAGCGAUCGUGUUCGACACGCGCGAGCAAAAGCGGAACCUUGCAAGGGAAAUUCUAACCGAUGUCGCUGCAGUGGUAAAUGAACUGCCUGACCAGCAGGCAAUGGCACUGGUGUCGUCGCUUCAUGACGACCUCGUGGACAAUGGACACGAUGAUGAAUUGAGUAGCAGAUUCAAACCGAAAAAACCACGACUCACGCGAGAAGAGCAGCUUCAACAGCGAUUAAAGGCUGUAAAGCAGAGCGCAACGAAACCCUCGCAAACGUCACGCAGCGACCUUUAG